CUACAGGCCUUCACUGGUCACUGUACUCUCAGGCAUCGCACUGGAAGGACAGUGUUCCCCGAUGGGGCCGGUGGAGGGGCAGUGCUGUGGGAGCUGCCCCUCUCUGCCCCCUAUAAUCAUACCCGGCAUGGGCAGCGUGGAGCUCUGCACCACACAAGAGGAUGGAUGCCUUCCCACAGAUGGAGGGAUGGAGUACCCAGAGGCCCAGGCCAUGGAUGAGUAUCCUGUUCAGAGAAAAGGGGAGAGACUGCCCUUUCAGAUCUUCCCAGAUCCAGUGGAAGUAGUUUUGAGUACUGAAGGCUGUCUGACCUGCGCGCCACAGGGGAAGGAGCGCCUGCCAUCCAUUGUGGUGGAGCCGACUGACGUCAGUGAGGUGGAGAGCGGUGAGCUGCGCUGGCCCCCUGAAGACAUGGACUUCGAUGAAGAUGAAGAUCUAUUCUUGGAGCAGUGCAUUCCACCUGCUAACAUCGCAGACUGGGGGGAGGAUGAGGAAGAGAGCUCGGUUAUUGAAAACCACCAGCAGAACACUUCUCUGUUAGAUCUUCAAACAGAUGACUUUAGGGACGACACCCCGACUCUACCUCCAGAGAGUGCUUCAACUCUGAACUGACACCCAAUGAACCCUUCCUGAAAAUGAGUUUAUAGGUCAUUACCAUGAACCCUGCACUUAUUAAU